CUGACUCCAGUGUGUGCGCGCGACCAUAACAAAAAUGGCGGAAAGCAGCUCGCCAAACGUGGGCCGUGCCCUCAGCGGGUUGGCCGCUCUGUGCAGGCGAGAUAGGCAGUGAUGUGUCCGGUCUACUAUGGCCGGCAGCCGUGGACAUGCCGCACUUACCACUGACCCUAUCUGCGCGGGGAGCCCCCUGCAGCCCGAUCCCCUAGAGACCCACUGCCACCGGCAGGAGAACGAGCUGCAGGUUCUGGAGGCCAUCUAUGGGGAGGACUUUACAGAUCUGCGUAAAAGUUCUGCCUGGAAGGUCCAGCAGCCCCCAGAAGUUACCCUUGCUUUAACUCCUCAGGGUAAUGAGUGUCAUGUCAAGUUGGACCUUUGGGUAAAAUGUCCGCAACCCUACCCCGAUGUUCCACCUGAAAUAAAGCUGAAAAAUGUGAAGGGUUUGUCAAAUGAAAAUGUGAGUGCUCUGACAUGUAGUUUGGAGGAACUCGCCAAACAACUUUGUGGAGAGGUGAUGAUUUAUCAGCUUGCAGACCACGUGCAGUGUUUCCUAACAGAACAUAAUCACCCACCUCCCAAGUCAUUUCAUGAAGAGAUGUUGAAGAAUCUGCAGAAACAGCAGGAAAAAAUAGCUUUAGAAGAGGAAAAGAGACUUCAAGAGCUGAAGAUGAGAGAGGAGCAGAUGAGGUGUGAAAUCCUAGCUGAAAUUCAGCGGAGGGAAGAAGAGAAAAAAGAGGAGAAAAGGAGAAAAGAAAUGGCAAAACUGGAACGUCUUGAAAGUGCCAAUCUAACCUGUCAGGAAAACUCCACCAAAUUAACUAGUAUCACAAGCUCUAAAAUGCCAACAACGAAUGAAGGUUUUGCUGAUCAUGGAGGAAAUACCAACAGAGCUCGCACAACUUCGGCUGGCCGAUCAAAGCGAGACCGGCAGCAUUCUGUGUGCAGUGACGACAGUUCAACGGCUUAUGAAGUGUUGACCUUUGACAUUGGUUGCAACGGGCAGCUGGUUGUGCACAGAGGAAAGUGUCUGGAAAAGGAUGAGCAGCUGGGUAAAUCCAUUUACAACGGCUUAGAAAUUGGUAAUGGCCAAUUUGUCAUCAUUUACGAAUGGGUUCUUCAGUGGCAGAAGAAAAUGGGCCAGUUUCUUACUACCCAGGAAAAAGAGAAGGUCGACAAGUGUAAAAAACAGAUCCAAGGUACGGAAACUGAAUUUAAUUCCCUCACCAAGCUAAGUCACCCAAAUAUUGUACACUAUCUCGCCAUGCGAGUAAAAGAGAACAAAGAUUCCACUUCUGUCGGAAUCGUAGUAGAACAUGUGAAUGGUUCUAAGCUUUCCAAGUUCCUUGAGCAGGAAGUUCCAGUUGCCGUGGAUCAGCUUCGACACUAUGCGUCUCAGCUUCUGUCUGCCCUGGAUUAUUUGCACAGUAAUUCAGUGGUACAUAAAGUAUUAUGUGCUUCUGCUGUAUUAGUAACCAGCGACGGCAAAGUCAAAUUAUCAGACUAUAGCCUUUCCAAAAGGCUUGCGGACAUCUGCAGAGAGGACAUUUUUGAACAGACCAAGGUCCGUUUCAGCGAGGACGCUCUUCCAAGCAAAACUGGCAAGAAGGGUGAUAUAUGGAAUCUUGGUCUCUUACUGCUAUCACUUAGUCAGGGGAAGGUAACAAAAGAAUAUCCCGUAAAAGUACCGAGUGGGUUGCCGGCAGAUUUCCAGGAUUUUUUGAACCAGUGUGUCUGCUUGGAAGACAAGGAACGAUGGAGUGCUCCGCAGUUGCUGGCUCACAGUUUCAUCAACCCUCCACCGCAGAAAGGUCCAGAGAGCGAGGAAAGUCCAGAGGAUUACACAGGCGUUGACUGCACAGAGACGGUCAUACCUCGCACUUCCUUAUCGAACGCCACAUUCCACAUAGAAUCACAAAGACAGUUUUCCCGUUACUUCCAUGAGUUUGAGGAGUUACAGAUGCUCGGCAGAGGUGCAUUUGGAGCAGUUAUUAAGGUUCAGAACAAGCUGGAUGGCUGCUAUUAUGCAGUAAAACGAGUACAUAUUAAUCCUGCCAGCAAACAGUUCAGGAGAAUUAAAGGUGAAGUUACAUUGCUGUCUCGACUAAACCAUGAAAACAUAGUGAGGUAUUACAACGCCUGGAUUGAAAAACACGAACUUCCACCUCCUUCAACCCCCAAACCCGAGACACCUGUAGAGAAGAAGACGACAGUGAAGCCAGAGCAGGUUGUGAAGAACGAGCUGGGGUUGCUUGAUGACGUGGAGACCAACGCGCCAGCCCCGAUCAUGGCCAGUUCAGUGGAGUGGAGCACGUCUUGUGAAAGGUCAUCAAGUGCACACUGUAAAAGCUCCGAUUCAAGUGAUGACGAUGAUGACGACGAUGAGGAGGAUGAAGAGGGGGUGUUUUCACCAUCAUUUUUGCCGGGAACAGACUCCGAUAGUGAGAUUAUUUUUGAAGAUGGGAACAGUCCUGAUCAGGAAGAGUAUGCGGAGAACAAACCAGAAGAACCCAAACUCUCUGAAGUGGCCAUUCAGACUGUGCAUUACCUGUACAUUCAGAUGGAGUAUUGCGAGAAAAGCACUUUACGAGACACUAUAGAUCAAGGAUUAUAUCUGGACAACAAUCGUCUUUGGAGACUGUUUCGGGAGAUGUUGGAUGGAUUAGCCUACAUUCAUGAGCAGGGGAUGAUUCACAGAGAUUUAAAGCCUGUCAAUAUCUUCUUAGAUUCAGAUGAUCAUGUGAAAAUAGGGGAUUUUGGUCUGGCUACGGAUCACCCAGCCUAUGUAACAGAAUCCACAGAAGAAGAGGACCAAAGCCGCACUGACUUCGUUAAGGUUGAUCCUGAAGGAAAACUCACUGGCAUGGUGGGCACAGCCUUAUACGUUAGUCCAGAGGUCCAAGGGAACACUAAAGCAUCCUAUAACCAGAAAGUGGACCUCUUCAGUCUGGGAAUCAUGUUGUUUGAGAUGUCCUACAGACCUAUGGAUACAAGUUCUGAAAGAAUUUCCGUGUUAAGCAUGCUUAGACAGCCUUCCAUAGUUUUCCCAAAUGACUUUGAAAAACCAGAAACUGAAAAACAGAGAAAAGUUAUUACUUGGCUCCUGAAUCAUGACCCUGCAUCCCGGCCCACAGCCAUGGAGCUGCUGAAAUGUGACCUCCUGCCCCCACCACAGAUGGAAGAGUCAGAACUCCAUGAAGUGCUACACCAUACCCUAGCAAAUGUAGAUGGGAAGGCUUAUCGCACCAUGAUCAACCAAAUAUUUUCACAACGCAUUUCACCUGCUAUGGACUACACCUAUGAUAGUGAUGUAUUUAAGGGAAGUUUCUCUGCCCGGUCGUCUAGAAUACAUCACUAUGUGUGCGAGACGGUCUGUCGCGUGUUUAAAAGACAUGGAGCUGUGAAGUUACAUACGCCGCUGUUAAUGCCUCGGAGUAAGAUGGCAGAGAGUGGCGAAUCGGCAUGUGUUAUGGACCAUAGUGGCAUGCUAGUAACCCUUCCGUACAAUCUCCGGAUACCUUUUGCACGAUUUGUCGCAAGAAAUAAUGUAACCAAUUUAAAAAGAUACUGCAUUGAGCGAGUAUUUAGGCCUCGGAAGCUGAAUCGGUGUCACCCUAAGGAACUCAUGGAAUGUGCGUUUGAUGUGAUUACCUCCUCUGGGUGCAGCUACUUGCCGAUUGCAGAGACCAUCUACACUAUAUAUGAGAUUAUCCAGGAAUUCCCGGCUCUACAGGAAAGAAAUUACAGUAUUUAUUUAAACCACACAUCUUUAUUGAAAGCCAUUCUACUUCAUUGUGGCGUGCCAGAGGAUAAACUCAUUCAGGUGUACAAUAUUCUCUAUGAUGCUAUGAUUGAAAAACUUACCAAAAGAGAAGUGGAAGCCAAAUUUUGUAACCUCUCCCUCUCGGAGAACAAUUUUCAGUUGAAUCGCCUUUAUAAGUUUAUUGAGCAGAAGGGAGACCUUCAGGAACUGGAACCAAUGAUGGCCAUACUGACCAAGCAGAAAUCAGGAGUUGGUGUGUUGGCCAAACAAGGCCUGAAAGACCUGGAGGAAGUUAUCGAACUAGUCAAGAGAAUGAGCGUAAAACUUCAGGUGGUUGUGAACUUCGGCCUUGUGUACAAGAUGCAGCAGCACAAUGGGAUUGUGUUUCAGUUUGUCGCGUUCAUCAAACGCCGGCAGAGGACCGUCCCCGACAUUCUGGCAGCUGGCGGGAGAUACGACCAUCUGAUUUCAGUGUUUAGAGGACCUCAGACUGGAUCCAGUAUUCUGCCCUGCGCUGUUGGCGUUAGUAUUGCGAUAGACAAGAUCUCUGCUGCGCUUUCCAGUGCUGAUGACAACGUCAGCAGCUGUGACCUCCUUGUUGUAAGUGCUGGGCAAAUGUCUGUGAACAGGGCCAUUGGUAUCAUUCAGAAGUUGUGGGCUGCCGGCAUCACUGCAGAGAUCAUGUAUGACUGGUCAGAGUCACAAGAUGAACUGCAGGAAUAUUGCAGGGUAUCCGGUAUCACACUAGCUGCUAUUGUCUCUGAUAAAGAAGGAAAUCACGUCAAGCUGAAAGCAUUUGAGAAGGAAAGGCAGAGUGAGAAAAGGAUAUUGGAGUCAGAUCUGGUAGAUCACCUACUUCAAAAGCUGCGGAUCAAAGUGCUGGAUGAAAGAAAUAACAGAGAGGUGAUGGACACACUGUCUGGCCAGAAUACGAAUAGAGCUUUCUCCAACUCGCAGAGUCAGUUUGAGCAGCACAGCAGUACCAUAGUCCCAAGUGUCAGCGUCAUACCUCCAGAAAGGUUAUCUGCCAACAUAAGACGACGCUAUGAAACCCAGGCACUUUCAAAACUUCAAACCUCCAUCACAAACUUCCAACAAAGAAAUAGAGAAAUAGAAAUUUUGGCAGUAGAUCUGCCAAGAGAGACCAUCCAGGGUUUACUAUCAUUAGAGUGUGGCGAUAAACAAGCAUUCAACGCAUCUGUGAAGCAGCUGAUGACUAGACUGCCGCGGCAGAGAUAUCUAGAGAUAAUACUCGAUGAGAUUUCCACAAUCAAAAUCGAAAAGCGGGUACCAAUGCUUGUGCUGUACAGCUAUCGGGAGGAUUACUACAAGAUUCUUUUUUAGCACAUACCUGCCUCUGCGAGACAUGCAAUCCUCAUUCUAAAACUACAAAACCUUUGCCGUUAUUGGGGGGGGUAGGAGAGGGUUUGCAUUGCAAAAUUGUGGGACCAGCAGUAAUAGCUGACCCAUGUAAAUCAAAAGGACAGAUUUGGAGUCUGACAUAACUGUGAACAUUUCUUCAAAACCAGUGUGAACGCUUUUUUUUUGCCUCUUUACAAUUACUUGGAUCGUAAUGUACAGACAUUUUCUUUUCUUUUUAUACAUUCCUAUGACCUAAAACAAGAUCACGUCGGCCACAAAACUUAAGGACCAAUUGUCAUCCAUACUGUGACCAGGACAUAUUUUGAUGUUGGUUCUAGGAGAUGCAAUGAAUAAAACCAGUAUAAAAACAAAA